AUGGUGCGCGCGGAAGAAGAGGAUGAGACCAUGCGUCCGUGCGGAUGCCACGCCGGCCGGCCGUGCACGUGCGAGAUGGGGAGGCAGGCGGAAUCUACCAAAGUUUUCGUGUGUGGAGUUUGUGUCAAUUGUCGCCUUAACGCACGCGAAGGAACUCGAGCCAGAAGGAGAUCCACUUCCGGCCCACGGCGUUGUCUGAAGAGUGCCGAGUACUUUGCUGAGUUGGCGUUUGAUCGGGUGUUUCUGCGAGGAAACUGCGUUUUUCGGAUGCGGAAGCCCGACUGGAAUGUGGACGAGAAGACCCCGAUGUACAACAAGUUGCAUCAGAUGCGACUCGCUAUGAUCCAAACUCGCGCAGUCUUGAUGGCAACGAUUGAGACUCAAAAGAAGUUGCGCACCAAAUAUUCCCAAGACUUGAUAAAGGCACAAGAAGCGAUCAAGAAGCUGGAAGAGAUGAAAAGAAUGACGAAGGAGCAGCCACGCGUGGACUCGGAUGUUUUUGAUUCGUUCUCUAAACAAUUGGUCGACGCUGAAACGCUUGUACCAGAUCUGAAAGCAAGACUAGAGAAAGCGACUGCUACCAUUGCCACGGAGCAGAGCAACAUCAAGACCAUUCGCGAGUACGUCCGAGAUUUUGCGGCACGGAAACUUCAGGCCACAAUCAGAGCGUUUUUCCGCUUUCGCAGGUGGAAAAUCGUCCUGAGCGCGUUCCAUGAAGACGUCUCGCUGUCUGCAGCGCUAGAGAUUCAAGCUACGUGGCGCAUGUUCGUCGCCAAGAAGAAGCGAGAGUUUCUCUUACAGCUACGGCGUGACGAAGUGAAGAUCGAUGCAGCAAACGUGAUCCGACGCUUCUCCCUCAAGGUGAUCGAAGCUAAACGUCGGAGGAAAUUGACGUCGAAUAAAGAGGCAGAGGCAGUCAUCGCAGCGCGGAAAAGAAAAUCUCUCGAUGCGUUUGCCAUCUUGAUCCAGCGGAUCUACCGUGGAUUCCGUGACCGGAUCUACUUGAAGCGGAUUAAGAUAAGGAGGUCGUUAACAGACCGGGUCGGGGCUCUUGUCGACCAAUUCAUCGUUUCUGGGAACUUCUGGGGGUUUAUCCUGGAGAUCGACGCUGAUUAUCGGCGCUUCAUGCACAAGAUCGAUGAAGAAGAGGCCGACGCGACGACGUUCAUGUCGACGGUGCUUCGGCAGCGCAAACUUGAUGAGGAUCAAAUGAUGCAGGACUGGUUCACUGCUUCAGCAUUAGAAAGUCCCAUUGUCAGCGGUGUUGGCCAGGUUACCAAAGCUUACAGUAGUGAAGAAGACAACUCGAGUGGGAGUUCAGUGUCCCAGGCCAUGUUGCAGUCAGCUCUCGUUGAAGAUCUCGUGGCGCUGAGCCCCAACAAGAGGAAAGAUGAAGUGUUUCCCGCGGAUUUCCCACCUAAAGUUAUUCGACAAGCUAUGGCAAAGGGGUUUUCGCUGGACGACACCAUCGCAGUCAUGCGCGGUCUACAAGCUCAGGGAAAGAACAUCGAGGAUGCCGACUUGGUUCUAUCAGCACUUCACAAUCGUGCCCCUCUAAUGACGAAUCCAUGGACAUCGGAAAGAAUUUUGCGUGGAUCCCGCGACCCCAACAAGGCCUUGAUUACUACUCCGGCGGCUAAGCGAAGAACGGAUGCGUUUAUCUCGGCGAAUUUGUUGGAGAGUAUCCCAGGAGGGAUGAAUGCGCCAAUUGCUCGAUUGCUGCUCGUUGCCGCGCUAAGGUGCUACGACCCAGGGAGUCGAGGUGAAAAAGGGGGAUUUGUGGCGUGCGAUUACCGCAACGCGGACAUUUUCCAGUCAUAUUUGCGCACCGAGUCUCCACUCGUUAAGAUUCGAAGCGAGCAGCAGGCUAUGGAAGCUGUAAAGCCCUUCCUCCACACUUUGCUCGAGAAUCGGUGCUACACCGCGUACGAUAUUUUGUACAAUGUGCGAGGCAUAGGCGAACUGGUGUCAUGGAAUCUCCCCGGUCCUUUGGCAAGGAGCAUUUACAGCGUUAUUCAAGAGAUUCACGAGCAGAGCACUCGUGUGAGCAAGCGCAACAUUGUGAGAGAAGCGCGGGUUAGUGCCGACUUUGAGCAUUUUCUCAAAAAUCGAGUAGUAGUCGAACGGGAUCAAGCACCUGCUGCUGAAGUCACGCCCGUUGAAGAAUUCUCCGAGCCAGUGGCAGAGCAUACAGUAAGCCAAGUGAGAUCUAGGCUCGAGACGGAGGUGCUGGGGCUUCCGCUUCAAGAUUUGUCACUGUCGGCGUCCGAGUUACUAUUCAAGGCAGCAUUCGUGGUUGACGGGGGCACCGGUACCGAUAAUCCCACCACACCAGACACGUAUCAAAGAUUUCUCCACUCUCUCCUGGCUCUUCAAGCUGCUGGAAACAUAGAAACUAUGAAGCAGCUCAUAGCAGCCAGAGUUGCCCAAGCAAAGGCGAUUGCAGACGAACACUUCGACAUUUUCAAGCUGUUUGGGGUCGCGAUUGCCAGCGAUCUACUGGUACGAUGA